AGGCGUCAACAUCCGACUUGGGCCCAACUUGAACAGGAGAGAAGGCCACUUUUUAGAUUCGUCAAUAUUCCACGCGCUACAACAUUCCACUCUGGUAACAUGACAGACUCGAAAGAUUGUGCGACAGUAAGGGGUCCACGGGACGCUGCAGCACUAGUUAAGAAGUGUAAACACCUACUAUGGUGCAUUCGCAAGCGGGUCAUCUCUGGCAACGCCAUCAUAUCCGGUCAGCUUCCAUCUGAAAGUUUCCUCACUCUAGGGAAAGUACACAGGGGAGGGCAGGGCAUGGAUGUGUGUCUAUUAAGGGAUAGGAUAGGAUGGAUAUUUAGGAAAAUGGGAUUUUCACUCAUUGAGUUGAUCAAGAAUUUUUGGGUAAAAUUGGACAACUUGAUAACAAAACCGAUUCAACCUAACGUGCACAAACUUAUUAUUGCCAUUCUCUUCUCGUCCUUUAUGGUAAUAGGACUGGUUAUGUGGCACAACAACCGUACGCAGGAAGAGAAUCUUAGAUUGGUCUUCGCUGGUAUCGCACCUGGUGUUUUGCUUCAGAUGAUUAAUUUCAACAAAUAUAUUCCAGAGAUUAGAAAAUGGAGGUGUCUGAGGUUAAAAGGACCUAUAAUUGAAACAGUGAAUGCUAUUUCCGGAUGGUUCAUUGCAUUUGGCCUAUCAAAAGUGUUCCAUGAUGCUGAAUCCAUGCUGAAUUUUGUAUUUGCUGGACUGUUUUUUCUCAUGACACUCUCAAUCUGGGACUUACUACGACCUGAGAUUGAUCUUGGUCUAGUGAGCGGGCUGUGCAGUUUCCUUUCUAUUAAAGCUCCAAUAUUAGCAACUCGAUAUGAAAGGAUCCCUGUUGGAAUUGUUGCUAUCUCUCUACUAUAUGUCCGUUUUCGUAGAGCUAAGGCAAGAAAGGAUGAUCAGAGUGCAGGGCAAUCAGUCUAGGGAACAAGGGAUAUAUGAGGCGAAACACCUUUUUCUCCCCACACCCAACAGGACAUAGAUGUAGCUUCUACCGUGGCUUCUGCCAGUUUAGGUAUUAUCACAUAGGGCUUCUGAAUAAGAAUUGAGGAAUGAGAAAACAGGGGAAAGUUUUAUAUUCCAGCUCUUCUGCACAGGCGUGUGUAAAUUUGCUUAAAAGCCUGAAAGGUCGGUCUAAACAUGGUAUCUCCAUUAGUAUUUGUAUCUAUUGUAAAGAAAUUUUUAAGAUUCAA